AUAUAUAUAUUUUUUUGCUUUAGUUUUUCUCCUGAAUCUCAAGAAUUCAAAAAAAAGCUUUUGAAAACAGACAUACAAAAAACUGCGCUUGGACCUGAGAAGUUAGUUAAAAAUCAAUAUCCUGUGGAAGUUGGAAAAUACCAGCACAUGAUGUUCAAUAUGCUUUCAAAGGUUCUUGAAAGGCAGGAGCUUAUUUUAGCAUUAAACAAGCAACCACAAAUUAAUAUUGCAAUCAAGCAGUUAGAAACAAUUAUAGAGUUUGAGGACUUUAACAAAAGUUUAGUGGUUGAUUGUGUUAGACUUGAUUUGGUUAAACAAUUCAGUUUUUUAGGUGCCGAAGAUUUUAAACAACUGAUAAGAUUGGUCAUGAAUAGAUUAUUUACAAAUACCCUGUUGACACAGUUCAACUUAAAAGGUUCUGGCGGAAAGACUGGUUUACAUUCAACCAAACUAUAUGAUGUAUUAGAAGGAAAGAUUGUUUUAUCAUCAACCAAACUAUAUGAUGUAAUAGAAGAAGUUGUAAAAAGAGAAUUUGAAAAAGUUUCAAACGCUGAUACUAAACAGCAAAUUGGACGAUUUUUAAAAAAAUGCUCCAUCGUAGAAAAAUACAAACUAAAAUGAAUUAUUAUUUUUUAUUGUAUAUGUUGUAUAUAUGUUAUAUGCUGUAUAAGUUGUUAUAUAGAAAGAUACAAUACAACUAACUUA